UAUACAAACUUCAUCCGUCAACAUAUAAUAGCACAAUCAUUUUACUUUGGAAGAAACCAUAUGCGAAGAACAUGUCUAUGAAAAUGAACAAGUGAGUCCUAAAAGCAUGUUAAAUGAGUCACCAUAGGUCAUAUCAUUUUUGUAAUUCAAUUCAUAUCAUUUUUUAAUGCAAAAAGACUGCAGGUUUAUUUAAGCUUCUAUAGGACAGAAAGAUGUCACAGCACAGAGAGCGUCUCUAUGAUAAAGGAAAAAAAGUUGUCGAAUAUGAGAGGACACCCAGAUCACAACUCACCAAUACACACCGACCACCAUCUGGUUUUUUCAUACGCAAACAAACACGCACUACUAACUACAGUGUUUUGUCUUCCGAUGAUGAUGACAAUGUGCCCACGCAACUGCCUAUGAUGAUUCCUAUAGCCGGCAAUCUCAAGGCCUUUCAGCCAGUGCCGCAUGUGGAAACAUCAAUCGGAAAUCAUUCUCGUGAAGGCACUUACUAUGAUCACCAUGCAUCACUGCGAGUAACAGAGAGAAGCAUUGAUCAUAAUAUUGGUUCAGACAUAGCACUUGGACUCGACACUGAAGACAAUGUCCCCGAGCACAUUGCUUCAAAUGAUAUCAUUAAAUCAGAUAGAAAACAGAAAAGGCGAGAUCAAUAUAUAGCACGGCGAAAUAGAUUAACACUUGAACAGAAGGAGGAAAUCAAUGCACGUCGCAGAGAAGCUAGGAAAAAAAACAGAGGAGGAGAGGACUGCCCGUCAAAGAGAAGCCAGGCAACGCAUGACACCAGAGGAGAAGCAACAGAGUAA